CUCCGGCUGCCCCGUCGAUCCAUCCAAAUUUCGUCAUCUGGGCAACCCGACCGCCAGAAACCGCUGAGCAUCUGGACCCCGGACGACGAUGAAGCUCGUCCAAAGCGACUUCGCCCGCGACGGGGCCGGCUCCGCCAAGCUACUGCCGGAGGUGGACGACGACCUGUGGGACGCGUACAACCUCAUCGCGGCCGGCGACACCGUCGAGGCCGUCACGUUCCGCAAAAUCGCGAGGCCCGGCGGCCGCGACGCGGAGCGCGUGAAGCUGACGCUGGAGGUCGCCGUCGACUCCGCGGAGUUCGACGAGGACGGCUCCGUCCUGCGCGUCCGCGGCAGGAACCUCAGCAAGAACGAGCACGUGCAGGUCGGCCAGCACCACACCCUGGAGCUGGAGCUGAAGCGGCCCUUCGUCCUUACGAAGGAACUCUGGGACUGGCCGGCGCUCGACACCGUCCGGCAGUCCUGCGACGACACGGAGGCCAACGCCGACCUGGCGGUGCUCUUCAUGCAAGAAGGGCUCGCCCAGCUCUUCCUCGUCGGGAGAUGCGUGACGGCGAACCGGGCGCGCGUCGAGGCGCCCAUCCCCCGGAAGCACGGCUCCGCGGCCGUGGCCGGCGCCUACGCCGCCGCGCUCAGGGACUUCUUCGGCCGCGUCCUGGAAGCCUUCCUGAGCCACGUGGACUUCGGGGUCGUCAGGUGCGUCGUGGUCGCCAGCCCCGGGUUCACCAAGGACCAGUUCCACGGCUACAUGCUCCUCGAGGCCGAGCGGCGGAGCCUGCGCGCCGUCCUCGAGAACAAGGCCCGGAUGCUGGCCCGCGCGCCCUCCGGCUACGCGCACAGCCUCAAGGAGGUCCUGGCCUCCCCUGGCGUGAAGUCGCUGGUCAAGGACACGAGGCUGGCGCAGGAGGCGCCCGCGAUGGAGGAGUUCUUCGCCAUGAUCACAAGGGACUCCGACAGGGCUUGCUACGGGCCCAAGCACGUCGAGGUCGCGCACGAACGUCUCGCCAUCCAGACCCUCCUGCUCACGGACACCCUGUUCCGGAAUCCGGACGUCGCCGCCAGGCGCAAGUGCGUCGACUUGGCUGAAGCGGUGAAGAAGCACGGCGGCACGGUGCGGGUUUUCUCGUCCAUGCAUCACUCCGGCAAUCAGCUGGAGCAGCUGACGGGGAUAGCGGAUAUACUUCGCUUUCCCCGGCCUGAGUUGGAUGAGAUCGACAUGUAAUUCCUUAGCUUAGGUCUUGAAGGGUCCAUCUGUAUCUCAGUCGACUGAGAAAUUGUUGUUUCUCAAUCAACAAGCGUAUACGACGUCAUAGUGCCCGAUCGAUCCUCCGGGGCGUGCGUUAAGUCCAACAUCGAUCCCCGCCUCUUGUAGUAUCUGUUAAGUCCAACAUCUAUCCCUGGCUCUUUGUAGUAUCGGCUAGGCUUAGGGCCUUUGGAGCAUCUCCAACGGAUGAUGCAAAAUAGAACACUGAAAAAUUAGGAUAGGAUACCAUUUUUGCAGUUUUUCGUGUCAUAAAAUAGGAAAGGCAUUUCAGAUGAUGUAAAAUAAGGCACCACACAUCACAAAAUUUCGCAAUGACACA